AUGUCCUUCCCGAACUUUGAGCAGCCGUAUCCGCAGCCCACGUCCCAGACUGUCCUCCCUCAGAUACAAGACGGGCCCUCGCGCGUCUCGGGAACCAAGCGUUCAGCCCUCGGCUCCUUUGGCGACUCCACGCACGCCCGCCACAGCCUGACAUCUGCUGAGUCACCCAGCGUGUCGAUAGCUUCGUCCGCCUCUCCGGCCAAUGUUCUGCCCAAUGGAUCGGCGGCUGAGAACCAGUACACUUCCGGCAAUGCCAGCGGCUCGCCAGCCACCAAGCGCUUUCAAGUGCCCCGAGCCUGUGAGCGCUGCAAACGUCUUCGUCGCGGCUGCAGCGAGUAUCGGCCAUGCCGAAGAUGUGUUGAUGCUGGGGUCGCGGACCAGUGUCAGGUCAUGGCAGUAGGGCCUCAAAUGAACGGCCCUGGGACAGGUAACGAUGCUCAAUCGCUUCACCAGCGGCUGUCGGAUCUCGUACCCGCACGACUGGUCGACUACUGCACGCAGCGCUUUUUUGACCGACUUCACCCUACGAUACCCAUUCUCACGAUGGAGUACGUAGCCCGGCUCAGGGCCGCAAGUAUCUCUCCCGGAGGGCUGGAGUCCUUGGCGGUGCUAGUGGGAAUGUGCGGGCAAGUCUUGUUGCAGACCGAAGAACCGGAGGAGCUGUUCCAGCAGGGCGUCAUUCCAGAGAAGAACCUUGCCUUCGGGCGGUUGUUACUCGAUACAGCCAUUGCAGCGUACCAGGGCAUGCCCCGCCGGUCGGUCGUGAGCAUUGAGGUGUGCAUGUUUAGCUUCUUUCUGUACGCGUGCGAAGCGGUGCUCUUCCAUCAUAGCCGGGCAUUUCGGUUCCUUAGAGAGACUACGACGCUGGUCCUGCUCUUUAGACCCGAGGAAGCCGACGACACGACACAACUCGUGGCCAACCGGCUGUUUUGGGUGCUCUUGAUCUCGGAGCGAUCGCAUGCGAUUAGGUACCGACGGCCGAUCACACUGCAGAUCACAAACGCAACACCAAGUAUCGACGCCGGCGACUCGUCGCUAGUGGGAUUCUGGAGCCUCGCGGCCCUGUUCAGACCGAUCGACACUUCCUUCAUCGCGCUUCUCAACCACGAGGAGCUGGCUAUUGGGCCCUCACCAGAGUCGAUCAAUCACAUUGAGACCAAGGUCAACUCGGCGCUGAGUCCAGGUCUCGACCUACGCGAUACGCAAAAGGCCAAUCUGAGGGUGACACAGCUAUGGCUGCGGGUGAUCAUUUGGCAGCUGCGCCUGCACCUUGGAUACUUGGUGGAAGAAUCGUAUCAACACAGCCUCACCUACCGCUACCCCAUUGACGUGGCCAAAGAUCUCAUGUUGUCGACGCGAGAUCUGUCUCCGCCGGCAUUCAAGGUGCACGGCGUGGGGUUGACCGAGAAGCUGUUUGACAUAGCGUCUGCACUCGUGGAUGUGUUGGCUCGGAUCCCCCUCAGCUCGACGUCUCCCCGCGGUGUCGCGAUGGGGACCUUGCCAGAAGAUGAUUUGCUCUACCUGCGAAAUCUGAUACGGAAGCUGCCUGGAGGCCAGACCAUGUUUGAUGACCUUUUGGAGAAGCACAUCCAGCAGAGCGUGCCGGCGCUGGUGACAUGGCGUCCGGAUAUUUCCUCUUCAAGCACCCUGGAUGCACGAGGGCAGUUGGGAACGCGAGGCGGGCAUUGA